CUCUCCGCCUCCUGCCCCCGCCGGGUCCGGCCCCCCCCCCGGGGUCGCGUUGUCACGGAGACCGGCAGCCGGUGGUGCUGGCCCGCGGGGCGGCUGCUGCUGCCGGCGGCGGCGGCGGCGGCGGCGGGCGUGUGUGACCGGCCCCGGCCCCCUCCUCCUCCUCCUCCCAGCCUGCCCCCGGCCCCCCGCUCCCGCCGCCUCCCCGGGUCUGCCCCCAUCCCGUCCCCACGCUGUCCCCGGCCCCUGCACCCCGGCGCGCCCGGUCCCGCUCUGGGGGGGUUGGUGGCUUCGCUUUGCCAUGAGUUUACCGCAGAAACCGGCUCUGAAAUCAGGCUCAGCGGCUGCAGCAGGAACCGGACCCGGCACCGGAGCGGCGGCGGCGGCGGCGGCGGCGGCGGCGGCAGCGGUACCGCCUCCUCACCCGGCGGCGGCGGCGGCGGCGGCGGCGGUAGCGGUAGCGGCAGCGGCCCCUCCUCACCCGAACCUCAGGGCCCUCCAGACCCAGGCGCCCCAACAAAUUCCUAGAGGACCAGUGCAGCAGCCUCUCGAGGAUCGAAUCUUCACUCCUACGGUCUCAGUGUACAGCGCGGUAACACAAGUAGCAAGACAGCCAGGACCUCCGACCCCUUCCCCUUAUUCAGCACAUGAAAUAAACAAGGGGCAUCCAAAUCUUGCGGCAACGCCCCCGGGACAUGCAUCGUCCCCUGGACUCUCUCAAACCCCUUAUCCCUCUGGACAGAAUGCAGGUCCAACCACGUUGGUAUACCCUCAAGCCCCUCAGACAAUGAAUUCACAGCCUCAGACCCGUUCUCCGCCCAGCAGAACAGUGCCAAUACAUUGCACAGACAACUGGAAGAGGAGGAAGGUUUUGGAACAGACUCCCGUUUACAGGUCCUUGGCUGGAAGAGGCUGGAUAAAAUACUGCAUUUUUGCAGCGGGGCCUCGACCUGCCCAUCAUCAGGGAGGAUUCAGACCCAUCCAGUUUUUCCAGAGGCCUCAAAUACAGCCUCCUAGAGCUACCAUCCCAAACAGCAGUCCUUCCAUUCGUCCUGGUGCACAGACCCCUACUGCAGUGUAUCAGGCCAAUCAGCACAUCAUGAUGGUUAACCAUCUACCUAUGCCGUACCCAGUGCCCCAGGGUCCUCAGUACUGUAUACCACAGUACCGUCAUAGUGGCCCUCCUUAUGUUGGGCCCCCACAACAGUAUCCAGUUCAGCCACCGGGCCCAGGUCCUUUUUAUCCUGGACCAGGACCUGGGGACUUCCCCAAUGCUUAUGGAACGCCUUUCUACCCAAGUCAGCCAGUGUAUCCGUCAGCACCUAUUAUAGUGCCUACGCAGCAGCAGCCCCCUCCAGCCAAGAGAGAGAAAAAAACGAUAAGAAUUCGGGAUCCAAACCAGGGAGGUAAAGACAUAACAGAGGAGAUUAUGUCUGGAGGUGGCAGCAGAAAUCCUACCCCACCCAUAGGGAGACCCACAUCUACACCUACUCCUCCUCAGCAGCUGCCCAGCCAGGCUCCUGAGCACAGCCCUGUGGUUUGUGGGACUGUGGAGAGUGCUCAUCUUGCUGCCAGCACCCCUGUCACUGCAGCCAGCAGCCAGAAGCAAGAAGAGAAGCCAAAACCGGAUCCAGUGUUAAAGCCUCCUUCCCCAGUCCUUAGGCUAGUCCUUAGUGGAGAGAAGAAAGAACAAGGAGGCCAGAUGUCUGAGACUGCUGCAGUAGGAUCCAUACUGGAGCUUCCUCUGCCUCCAUCACCUACCACGGUUUCUUCAAUUGCUCGAAGUACAAUUGCUUCCCCCACCUCUGCUGCUCUUAGUAGCCAACCCAUGUUCAGCACUGCUGUAGAUGACAGAUGUGAGCUCUCUUCCUCAAAAGAAGAUAGAAUUCCUAUACCCAGCCCCACAUCUUGCACAGAAACAUCAGAUCCAUCACCAAUAGAUGUAAUUGAUGAUGAUAUAUGCAAGAAAUCUUGUAAUGUAGCACCAAACGAUAUUCCACUGAUUUCUAGUACUAACCUAAUUAAUGAAAUUAAUGGAGUUAGUGAAAAAUUACCAGCCACAGAGAGCACUGUGGAAAUAGUAAAACAGGAGGUGUUGCCGUUGACUCUUGAAUUGGAGAUUUUGGAAAAUCCCCCAGAAGAAAUGAAAGUGGAGCAUGUCCCAGCUCCCAUUACCCCCUCCUUGGUCCCUUCCUUUUCUCCGCCUCCUCCAACUCCUCCGGCUUCUCCUCCUGCACCAGUCGCUGCUGCCACCACUAAUGUCAGUACUGCUAGUGCUCCCGCCACAGUCCAGAGAGUCUUAGAAGAGGACGAGAGCAUAAGAACUUGCCUUAGUGAAGAUGCAAAACAGAUUGAGAACAAAAAGGAGAUGGAAGCAGAUGGGCAAACAGAAGAAAUUGUGGAUUCUUACAAUUUAAGUUUAAGAAAGAGCCCUGUCCCAGCUCAGACAGCUAUAACUGCACCAAAGAUGUGGAAGAAACCAAAAGAUCGGACCCGAAUCACUGAAGAGGUAUUAGAGGCAGAAUUGGAGCCUAAAGCUGAAGAAGAGCUUUCAGAUGAAAAAGUAUUUGAAUCUGAACAAGAUAAAAUGAACCAAGGGUUUCAUCCUGGAAGAGACCCCUCUGACCUAAAAAAAGUGAAAGCCGUGGAAGAAAAUGGAGAAGAAGCUGAGCCUGUGCGUAAUGGCGCUGAGAAUGUUUCUGAGGGUGAAGCAAUAGGUGCUGACUCAGGCUCCACUGAUGGUUCUGGUGAAGGGGCCACAUUCCCAUUUACACCAGAAUCCAGGAAACCUGCUGAUACCGAAGGCAAGAAGCAGUAUGACAGGGAGUUUUUGCUGGACUUGCAGUUCAUGCCAGCCUGUAUACAGAAACCAGAGGGCCUGCCUCCCAUCAGUGAUGUGGUUCUUGACAAAGUAAGCUAUAUCAGCCAACCCAAAUUGCCAAUGCGAACUCUGGAUCCUCGAAUUUUGCCCCGAGGACCAGACUUUACUCCAGCCUUUGCAGAUUUUGGAAGGCAAACCCCUGGUGGAAGAGGUGUACCUUUAUUGAAUGUUGGGCCACGGAGAGCUCAACCUGGCCAGAGAAGAGAGCCCAGGAAGAUCAUCACAGUCUCUGUAAAAGAAGACGUGCACCUGAAAAAGGCAGAGAAUGCCUGGAAGCCCAGCCAAAAACGAGACAGCCAAGCUGAGGAUCCUGAAAACAUUAAAACUCAGGAACUUUUUAGAAAAGUUCGAAGUAUCUUAAAUAAAUUGACACCACAGAUGUUCAACCAGCUGAUGAAGCAAGUAUCAGGACUUACUGUUGACACAGAGGAGCGUCUGAAAGGAGUCAUUGACCUGGUCUUUGAGAAGGCUAUUGACGAACCCAGUUUCUCUGUGGCUUACGCAAACAUGUGUCGAUGUCUAGUAACGCUGAAAGUACCCAUGGCAGACAAGCCUGGUAACACAGUGAAUUUCCGGAAGCUGCUACUGAACCGUUGUCAGAAGGAGUUUGAAAAAGAUAAAGCAGAUGAUGAUGUCUUUGAGAAGAAGCAGAAAGAACUCGAGGCUGCCAGUGCUCCAGAGGAGAGGACGAGGCUUCACGAUGAACUGGAGGAAGCUAAGGACAAAGCUCGGCGGAGAUCCAUCGGUAACAUCAAGUUCAUCGGAGAACUCUUCAAACUCAAAAUGCUCACUGAAGCCAUCAUGCAUGACUGCGUGGUGAAGCUGCUAAAGAAUCACGAUGAAGAAUCCCUAGAGUGCCUGUGCCGCCUGCUCACCACCAUUGGCAAAGACCUGGACUUUGAGAAAGCAAAGCCACGUAUGGACCAGUAUUUUAAUCAGAUGGAGAAAAUUGUGAAAGAAAGGAAAACUUCAUCUAGGAUUCGAUUCAUGCUUCAGGAUGUGAUAGACCUAAGGCUGUGUAAUUGGGUAUCUCGAAGAGCAGAUCAAGGGCCUAAAACUAUUGAACAGAUUCAUAAAGAGGCUAAAAUAGAAGAACAAGAAGAGCAAAGGAAGGUCCAGCAGCUCAUGACCAAAGAGAAGAGAAGAACAGGUGCCCAGAGAGUGGAUGAAGGUGGGUGGAACACUGUACAAGGGGCCAAGAACAGUCGGGUACUGGACCCCUCAAAAUUUCUGAAAAUCACUAAGCCCACAAUUGAUGAGAAAAUUCAGCUGGUACCUAAAGCACAACUGGGCAGUUGGGGAAAAGGCAGCAGUGGUGGAGCAAAGGCAAGCGAGACCGAUGCCUUACGGUCAAGUGCUUCCAGUUUAAACAGAUUUUCUGCUUUGCAACCUCCAGCAUCCUCAGGGUCUACAUCAUCCAUGCCUUUAGAGUUUGAGUCUCGACGAACCUUAACCAGUCGUGGAAGCAUGGGCAGGGAGAAGAAUGACAAGCCCCUUCCAUCUGCAGCAGCUCGUCCAAACACUUUCAUGAGGGGCAGCAGCAGUAAAGACCUGUUGGACAAUCAGUCUCAAGAAGAGCAGAGGAGAGAGAUGCUGGAGACUGUGAAACAGCUUACAGGGGGCUUGGAUGUGGAGAGGGCCAGCACUGACGCUGAGCGAAGCAAAAUCAGGGAGUCAGUAGCAAAACCAGAAACUCCAGCAACAUCGACCCCUGACAAGUCUGCAUUGUCAGAAGAGGAGAUGGAGAGGAAAUCCAAAUCUAUCAUUGAUGAAUUUCUACACAUUAAUGAUUUUAAGGAAGCCACGCAGUGUGUAGAAGAGCUGAAUGCCCAGGGCCUGCUACAUGUGUUUGUGAGAAUGGGAGUGGAGUCUACCCUGGAAAGGAGCCAGAUCACCAGGGAUCACAUGGGCCAAUUACUGUAUCAGCUGGUACAGUCAGAAAAACUCAGCAAACAGGACUUUUUCAAAGGUUUUUCAGAAACAUUGGAACUUGCAGAUGACAUGGCCAUUGAUAUUCCCCAUAUUUGGUUGUACCUUGCUGAACUGGUGACCCCCAUGUUAAAAGAAGGCGGAAUCUCCAUGAGAGAACUUAUCAUAGAAUUUAGCAAACCCUUACUUCCUGUUGGAAGAGCUGGUGUCUUGCUUUCUGAAAUAUUGCACCUUCUAUGCAAACAAAUGAGCCAUAAGAAAGUGGGAGCUUUAUGGAGGGAGGCUGACCUCACCUGGAAGGACUUUUUACCAGAAGGGGAAGAUGUACAUAAUUUUCUCUUGGAGCAGAAGUUGGACUUUAUAGAGUCUGACAGUUCCUGUUCCUCUGAAGCACUUUCAAAGAAAGAACUCUCUGCUGAAGAGCUAUAUAAGCGACUUGAGAAACUCAUUAUUGAGGACAAAGUGAAUGAUGAACAAAUCUUUGACUGGAUAGAGGCUAAUCUAGAUGAAAACCAGAUGAGUUCACCUACAUUCCUUAGAGCUUUAAUGACAGCCGUUUGUAAAGCAGCUAUUGUAGCUGACUUUUCAACCUUCCGGGUGGACACUGCUGUUAUCAAGCAAAGAGUGCCGAUCUUACUCAAGUACCUAGACUCAGAUACAGAGAAGGAACUGCAAGCACUUUAUGCACUACAAGCAUCGAUAGUAAAGCUUGAUCAACCUGCCAAUCUGCUACGGAUGUUCUUUGAUUGCCUGUAUGAUGAGGAGGUGAUCUCCGAGGACGCCUUCUACAAGUGGGAAAGCAGCAAGGACCCCGCAGAGCAGAAUGGGAAGGGUGUGGCCCUGAAAUCUGUCACAGCAUUUUUCACAUGGUUGCGGGAAGCCGAAGAGGAGUCUGAGGAUAACUAAAGCUCCAAAUACACAAAAUGAAACAAAAGAAAGAAUUUAAGUAUUUUUUUAAAAAGUUUCACGUCUUCGCCAAUCACAGUGCAGCAAGGCCAAUUCUCGCAGAAACCCCCACGUGUGCACGAGUGGGAGAGGGGAAAGAGAAAAAAAAGGUGAUCAUGGAGGAAAAAGGUACUGCAAAAAAAGUAAACUUCAACCUGAGGGCGGGAGCACUAAAACCAAAAUACAUGUAUUAUUUAUAGAAAAUAUUUUCUGUUUUAAUCUUUUCUUUUUAAACAAGGACUUAUACUUUAAAAAACAUAUCUGUUUAGCAAAAAAAAAAGUUAAGAACUUUUAAUUUAUUUUAAGAACUGCAAAUGCCAAUGUAAUUUUUUAAUUUGCAGUUUCUGUAAACAACUUGUAUAAUAGAAAAGCAGAGAAAUAAAUUUCCCUCCCCUUCAGACGCACCUCACGUUUUUUUUAAAGCAUAGUAGUUAGUCCAGAUUUAAGAAGGUCUCGGGUGAAUAAGGUAAGAAAGAUUUUUUUUUGGCAUCAAAUCUUUCUGCCUGCCUCUCAGCUUGCUUCAGAAAAUUUAAAAAAUCACAAUAGUAAUCAAAACAUACAUAACCUUGGAACAGAAGGAAAUGCUGUGGACCAGAGAACUCCAAGAACUGUUUUAAAAAGUGCUACCCUGGGAAAAAUACUCUUAAUACUUUUGAAAUCUUUAGAGCAACUUUAAGGCUUGUAAAUACAUAGAACAAAUAUUUAAAAAAAGAAACAACAAAGAAAUUGACUCAGUACUAUUUCUUUUCAUUUUCAAAAUAUAAAGAACAAAAUAAAGAUAAACAUUGCAAGUUUAAAAGAAAGUAAAGUGACUU